AUGGCACUGCUAUUUAUGAAACAUCGACUUCCUGUGGCCAUAUCACGUAGAUAUGCUUCCUCCUCAAAGGUCCUUACUCUUGGGAUCAGGCGUGAAGACAAAAACAGAUGGGAGAGAAGGGUUGGUUUACUGCCAGACCACGUUGAGAGAAUUAUUAAAGAACUAGGAGCUACGGUAUUAGUGCAGCCAUCCACGCGCAGAGUCAUUCCAGAUGAAAAGUACCAACAGGCUGGCGCAAUCAUUACGAAUGAUUUAUCAAAAGCCGAUAUCAUUCUUGCUGUCAAGGAGGUGCCAAUUGACCUUCUUAUGGACAACAAGACAUACAUGUUUUUCUCGCACACUCACAAAGCUCAAAAGUACAAUAUGCCAAUGUUGAAAAAGAUACUGGAAAAACAAAUUCGUUUAAUUGAUUAUGAACUCAUGACCGACGAGAACAAGAAACGUCUAGUACAAUUCUCCAAGUUUGCUGGCUAUGCAGGAAUGAUUGAUGGUCUUCACGGUCUAGCGCAUAGAUUACUGUGUUUAGGCUACGGGACUCCUUUUCUCAGCAUGGGAAUGUCUUAUAUGUAUCGCAACUUAUCCGAUGCCAGGCUGGACGUGACUCGCUCCGGAAUGGUCAUAGCUGAUGAUGGUUUGCAACCUGAAAUGGGUCCUAUGACAUUUGUAUUCACUGGAGAUGGACAAGUCGCUAGGGGCGCUCUUCAUGUUUUCAAGUGCUUGCCGCAUGAAUGGGUCUCUCCGAAUGACUUGAAAAGUUUAUGGGAAACUAAAGGCUUCAACAAUCACAAAGUGUAUGCAUGCCAGCUUAAAGUGUCGGACUGGGUUGUUCGAAAAGAUGGUGGAAAGUUUGAGAGAUCACGAUAUAAUGAGCAUCCAGACGAGUUCAUGAGCGUUUUUCACGAGAAGAUUGCUCCAUAUACACGAAUGCUCAUCAACGGAAUCUAUUGGGAUCCACGAUUUCCAAGACUGUUGACGAAUGAACAAGCACGAGAUCUGGCUCUGGAGGGCCGAUUACCAUUAUUGACCAUUGCAGAUAUUUCCUGUGACAUUAAUGGUUCGAUUGAAUUUAUGUCGCAUGCCACCUCAACAGACAAUCCCUUCUUCUUAUACGACCCUGUCAAGCAGAUAGAGCAUCAAAAUGCUGAAGCUCCUGGUGUUCAAAUUAUGAGUGUUGAUAUUCUUCCAACGGAAAUGCCACUAGAAUCCAGUGAGCACUUUAGCAACUCAUUAUUCCCAUAUGUCAAGGAGCUUGUCCGAGGCAAUUUUGAUCAUCCUGUUUUGAAGAGAGCCACGAUUACUACUGCUGAAGGCCUGGUUCCACGUCAUGCUAAGCUUGCAGAGAGUAUUGCAAGAUACGGAACCCCUGUAUAUGGUGAAGGUGCCAAAGUCAUGAAUUCCAGAAAAGUCUUGCUUUUGGGAUCUGGCUUCGUAUCUGCACCACUCGUUGAUUACUUGUUGAGAGAAUCAAGGACGGCCAUCACUAUUGCGAGCAACUCGAAGCCUGAAGCAGACAGAUUAGCUGCUGGAAGACAAGGAACAAAGGUUGCUCCAUUAGAUGUGCACAACAAAGAAGCUCUUGGUACUCUAGUAUCAGAGCAUGAUGUUGUUGUCAGUUUUGUUCCUGCUCCUUUACAUCCACUCGUUGCGUUACCAUGCAUCCAACAUGGCAAACAUUUAGUGACAGCCAGUUACAUUUCACCAGCCAUGGCUGAACUCGAUGCUAAAGCUAAAGCAGCUAAUGUCACAUUGCUGAACGAAAUGGGGUUGGAUCCUGGUAUUGAUCAUAUGACUGCCGUCCGUAUUUUCGACGACGUACGAUCUAAAGGUGGUCGAAUCACAUCGUUUGUAUCAUGGUGUGGUGGUCUUCCUGCUCCAGAAGCAUCGGAUAAUCCACUUGGUUAUAAAUUCAGUUGGUCUCCACGUGGUGUUUUGACUGCUGGAAUGAAUGAAGCCAAGUUCAAGAGGAAUGGACAGAUUCUUCACGUGCCUGGAAUGGAAUUGCUCAAGACUGCCAUCCCUGUAUCCAUAUUUCCCGGAUUUGCAAUGGAAGGCUUCCCGAAUCGAGACUCGUUAAAGUAUUUGGAUUUGUAUGGUCUUGGACCAUUGGAGAAUCUGGACAAUCUGUUUCGUGGCACCUUGAGAUAUCAGGGCUACUCUGAGUUGAUGUCCGCAUUUAUUGGACUGGGAUUGUUGGAUGAUCGUGUUGGGGGUAUUCCGCCAGACAUGUCUUGGGCUGAACUAAUGACCAAUCUUGUACGAAAGGGAGGUAAGGUACCAGACAUGCGAUUGGCUAUUGCAUCCAAACUCGGAAUUGGUCUAUCAGACUCCAAGGGUAAUGCUCUAGUGGAUCGUGUGUUAUCUGCACUCAAGUGGAUGGACGUCCUGUCUCCCGCCCAUCCAGUACCUCCAGCAUCUAGUGUUUUAGAUGCAUUCUGUGCUCUUUUGCAAAAGAGAUUAAUUUAUGGACCUGGAGAAAGGGAUAUGGUUGUGAUGCAUCAUGAAGUUGGUGUUGAAUUGGCCAAUGGAGUCAAGGAACGACGAACAUCUACACUUGUUUCGUAUGGUGAUCCAACAGGGUACACGGCGAUGGCUCGUACAGUUGGUCUACCUGCAGCAAUUGGCGUAGAACUGAUUCUGAAUGGCUCGAUUUCUCGUCGAGGUGUAAUCGCACCCAUGACGCCGGACGUUUAUGAACCCUGCCUUCAUAGUCUUGAAAAAGAGAGUGUUCGUUUCACUGAGUCGACUGUGUCUGUGUAA